CACCGGCCAAAGAGUUGAAAGCAAGUCUGUUCAUGCUGCUUUUAGUGGAUGUGUCUUUUUUAAGAUUAAAAAAAUAGCGGUUAGAUAAGAACAGAUGGAAACCACUUUCACGACAAGUACAGACAAAGACCCUUUGGCGGCAAAGGAUCUUCACUGAAAAGCUUAAGUGAUAGAAGAAAAGAUCUGAACUGGAGAUGUCUUUUUCAGUAGUAGCAGCAGCUUUGGUGGUGGUGGUUGCAGCAGCCGUUUCCUUGUGGACAUGGCGGAUCGUGAAGUAUGUCUGGAUAAAACCCAAGAUGCUGGAGAGUCACCUGAUAAGACAGGGACUCGCGGGAACUCCUUACACGCCUCUGGUCGGAGAUAUAAAGAGGAAUGUUGAUAUGUUGAUGGAGGCCAGAUCUAAGCCCAUGAAUCUAACUGAUGACAUCACUCCACGUCUCCUUCCUCUUGCCUUGAAGAUGUUCAACUCUCACGGAAGGUCUUUCUUUAUAUGGAUAGGACCAGUUCCAGCUCUCAUGAUAACCAAUCCAGAGCAGAUCAAGGAAGUCUUCAACAAAAUUUACGACUUUGAGAAAGCUGCUACGUUCCCUUUGUUCAGAUUGUUGGCAGGUGGGCUUGCCAGCUAUAAGGGAGAUAAAUGGGCUAAUCACAGGAGGAUCAUCAACCCAGCUUUUCACCUCGAGAAGAUCAAGAACAUGGUCCCUGCGUUUUACCAUUGUUGCAGCGAGGUUGUCUGCCAAUGGGAGAUGCUAGUCACGGAUAAAGAAUCUCCUUGUGAGGUCGAUGUAUGGCCUUGGCUUGUGAAUUUGACUGCAGAUGUGAUCUCACAUACUGCUUUUGGAAGCAGCUACAAAGAAGGGCAGAGGAUCUUUCAACUCCAAGGGGAGUUAGCUGAGCUCAUCGCACAAGCUUUUAAGAAAUCUUACAUCCCUGGAUUGAGGUUACAUAAACACACGCAAGUGUUAGUUAAUAAACUAGUAUUAGACUGUUCAAUCCCUGGAUUGAGGUUUUACCCAACGAAGAGCAAUAGAAGGAUAAAAGCAAUAGACAGAGAGAUAGAUAUGAUACUGAGAGGUAUUAUCAGCAAAAGAGAGAAGGCUAGAGAAGCUGGAGAGGUGGCCAACGACGAUUUGUUGGGGAUACUGCUUGAGUCAAACUCAGAGGAGUCUCAAAGAAAUGGAAUGUGCGUAGAGGAAGUGAUGAAAGAGUGCAAGCUGUUUUACUUCGCGGGGCAAGAGACAACUUCAGUACUGUUGGUCUGGACCAUGGUUUUAUUAAGCCAUCACCAAGACUGGCAAGCUAAGGCACGAGAGGAAGUGAUGCAAAUAAUCGGUGGUAAUAGUAAACCAGAUAUAGAUUCUCUUGGCAACCUUAAAGUGAUGACUAUGAUCUUCAAUGAGGUUUUGAGGCUAUAUCCUCCAGUGGCUCAGCUUAAAAGAGCUGUCAACAAAGAAAUGAAGCUAGGAGAGCUUACUCUUCCAGCUGGAGUUCAGGUUUAUAUACCAACUGCACUUGUCCAUCGCGACCCUGAACUUUGGGGAGAUGAUGCAGCUGAGUUUAAGCCAGAGCGGUUCAGAGAAGGGCUCUCAAAGGCAACAAAGAACCAGGUCUCCUUCUUCCCCUUUGGAUGGGGACCAAGGAUCUGCAUCGGUCAGAGUUUUACUCUGCUGGAGGCAAAGAUGGCAAUGACUUUGAUUCUUCAGAGAUUCUCCUUUGAACUCUCUCCUUCUUAUGUUCAUGCGCCUCAAACAGUCAUGACCACUCGUCCUCAGUUCGGAGCUCAUCUCAUCCUGCACAAGCUCUGAUUUUGAUAUGGUGCUGUCAUCAAAUAUCUCUAUUUUGUAACAUAAGUAAAAUUGUACAAAAAUGUAUUUGUAUCCGGGAAAUCGGCCAAAAAAAUCACGAACUUUGCAGGAAUUACCAAAACAAACUUAUACACGAGCCUCGCCAAUAAAACACUGAACUUUCAUUGA